AUGUCGGGUCAGAGUUCGGCGACGAAAAGUGAAACGAUGCCUCGCAAUCGGUCAUCCAAGCCCAACGGAGUGUCCAACGAAGCGUCCCCCAAAACCGAAGAUGAACCCGAGUUUGAAUUCGGGGGCGCCUUCGGUGUGAGCGCCCUCAUGGUCGGAUUCCCCUUGCUCAUGUACUACAUGUACAUCGGGACAACGUUCUACGAUGGCAAGGCACCGAUGCCGCAAGAGGGAGAAACAAUCCCGGACUUCCUGACCCGCCUGUUCGAUCUCGCCUAUACGCACGCCUUCCCUCAUCGCAAAGCAUGGAUCAUCUAUUGGACGUUCCUCAUCCUUGAAGGUAUCGGAUACGUGUGCCUCCCUGGUGUCUAUGGGAAGGGCAAGCGUCUCCCCCAUCUGAAUGGACAACAACUGGACUAUUACUGCUCCGCCGUGUCGUCUUGGUAUGUCACGAUCUUGGCCUCGUUGGGUUUGCAUUUUAGCGGGCUCUUCAGGCUGGAUACUCUGAUCGAUGAGUUCGGUCCGCUCAUGUCGGUGGCCAUUUGUUCGGGAUUUAUUGUCUCGUUUGUGGCGUAUUUCUCUGCGUUGGCGAGAGGUGCAGACCACCGCAUGACCGGGUCUCACGUGUAUGAUUUCUUUAUGGGCGCGGAGCUGAACCCGAGGCUCUUCCGGUGGCUCGAUAUGAAGAUGUUCUUCGAGGUUCGCAUCCCUUGGUAUAUUCUCUUCUUGCUGUCGCUGGGGACGGCACUCAAGCAAUGGGAAGAGCUGGGGUACGUGUCCGGGGAGAUUGGAUUCUUGCUGAUGGCUCAUUUCUUGUAUGCCAAUGCGUGUGCCAAGGGCGAGGAGUUGAUCAUCACUAGCUGGGAUAUGUACUACGAAAAAUGGGGAUUCAUGUUGAUCUUCUGGAACUUGGCCGGCGUUCCCAUGAGUUACUGCCAUUGCACGUUGUACCUGGCGUCUCACCACCCGUCAACCUACCAAUGGUCGCCGGUUGCGCUGGGCGCUCUGGUUGUGAUGUAUCUCUUCAUGUACUGGGUCUGGGAUACGUGCAACAGCCAGAAGAACUAUUUCAGGGCCCAGGAGCGCGGCGUUUCGGUGGACCGAAAGACGUUCCCGCAGCUGCCGUGGAAAUUUGUCAAGAACCCUGAAACAAUCCGGACCGAGACCGGUGAUUCAAUCUUGUGCAGUGGAUGGUAUGGCAUGGCUCGUAAAGUGCACUAUACCUGUGACUGGUUCUUCGCGAUGUCGUGGGGCCUGAUCACUGGUUUCAACUCGCCGUUCCCAUGGUUUUAUCCCGUUUUCUUCACGGUGAUGAUUAUCCACCGCGCUACGCGUGACAUUCAGCGAUGUCGCGAGAGAUACGGAGAGGCUUGGAUGGAGUAUGAGCGUCGCGUGCCGUAUCUGUUUAUCCCGUAUGUCAUUUAA